GACACAGUUCACUGUAAUUCUGCUAAAACUGCAAAAUGAUAAAACUACACCUGGGCUUGUUUGGCAAUCGAUCUCCGGCUGUGAACGUUAUGACAGUCGACGUGUUACUGAUUGUCCUGUUUGUAUCAGGUGCUUUGGCUGGUUGUACUAAUGAAGCAGCACUCUUCAUCACUGCACCAAAGAAGCUGGAAGCACUGAGUGGAUCUUGUUUGCAAAUCCCAUGUAGCUUCAGACCCAAAGACGAACAGAAAUUUAACAGCACAAGAAAAAUCUUUGGAGUGUGGAUUAAAAAUCAACCUGAAUUUGGCAAAAAUCCAAACAAUGUGAUCUUCAACAGUAGUGGAGCAGUUAGCAUCUAUCCAAUGAGUAUUACUGGGAACCUGAGUCAGAGAGACUGCACCACUCUGUUUACUAAUUUAACCACAAACUACACAGACACAUACUUCUUCAGAGUAGAGAGUGAACCAUUCAAGGCGACUGCUCCUUGUGAUCCUCUUCAAAUAACAGUCAGAGAUUCUCCUUGGAGGCCCAAUAUUACAAUCUCAGGUGAUCUGAAGGAGAAGGAGUCUGUCACUAUAACCUGCUCAGCUCUCACUCCCUGUCCACACUCCCCUCCUCAACUCACCUGGAAUCUCACACAAGACUCUCACAACAAAAUAGAGGAAAACACAGAUGGAAGCUUUACAACUAAAAUCCAGCAGACCAUCACUCUGUCAGACACACAUGAUGGAAAGAAGAUCAGCUGCUCUGCCAGAUAUCCUGUGAACCAAGGAAAAGACACCAAGACAGCAGAGACAGAAGAGACUCUCAGUGUUUCAAGAAAACAGAAUGUUCAACUGGGAUCAUUUCUUGGAGGAAUCACUGUGAUCAUCUUACUGAUCUGCUUGAUUAUCUGUGCUCGGUGGUUAAAGUUAAAACAUCAAACUAAACAACAGACUCAGAUUCAAGCACACGAAGAGCUGUUUGUUGAAGAGCCAGCAAGUAAAACAGAAGAAGAAGAAGAAAACAUCCAUUAUGAAGAGAUCGACUUGUUUUCACUGGGAUAUAAAGCAUCCUCUGACUCAGUGCAGGACAGAGGACAGCAGCAGGAUACGGUGUAUUCACAGAUGAUGCGGUGGACAGUGGAAACGAGCAUCCCUAGACCUUCUGGAGAUCACCCUGUAUGAUGCUCCACUUACUAGCUGGAAAUACAAACCAAGGUCUCACUUGUGGCACCUCCUUCAUCUCUCUGGUCCUGGUCCACCACAUUCAGAGCACUGCCCGAGACUUCCUGCUCAGCCAAAGAUCAGGCCUGGUUAAAAGUACCUGGUUACUGGGACAUUCAGGUUAAUCCUGGACUGUAAUAAUAAGUCUUAAGAAUUCCA